UCAGUGCGCGCGGUGUUGCGUGAAUUAAAAUUCAACGCCGUCGUACUUUUUUCACCACCGCGUCGCUUUUCCAACCGGGGGGAUGAACGCAAAGUUGGCCGCGAUAUAAAAAGCCACCGCCGCGUGAACCGUACAUUCCAUCGCCGAUUUUCUCGACGACCGAUACACGCAGACAUGAAUCUGACUCUUGCACUAUCCUGCAUGAUCGCAGUCGUAUGGCUGCUCUGCGGAAAAUGUAAAGCAGCUCCGAGAUUGAUCUCCGGCAUCCAUCGCAAUUUAGAAAAUCAUCCACAUAUCUACGGAUACGCCGUGGAAGGUCUCGUGAAGGAUCUUGUGGAGGAUCUCGUCGGCGAGGACGAGGACAAUUUGCGAUUCAGCAAACGCCAGCAGCUGGACGAUUACGGUCACAUGAGAUUCGGCAAGCGGUCCAACGGCGACGACGAAGAGUACGGACAUUCGCGAUUCGGCAGAAAUAUCGAAUAAAACGCUACCACGCCGGAUUCUCUCUAGAUCGUAGAUUGUGCACAUAUUCUCGUGCCAAAAUGUAGAUAGAAUAUAUUUUACAUUGCAGCUAUUACACGACCAUGCCUCGUUAUUUUACCUUCUCUUUAGUUUUUUGUGCUCGAUGCUUUACGCCGCAAAUUAAUUUAAUGCCUGCAAUCUAAUUUGUGACAUUAUUACGAUUAUUUUGGAUAUGAUUUUGCAAUUGUGUCCUCCUUAGAAAAAACAUUACAUAGAUAAUGCUUCAAUUUAUUAUAAAGAAGGGCUAAUUCUCCGCGUAAACAAUCUGUAAAAAGAAAAAAAUUAUAUACGGAUUAUUAAAAAAUUAAUUA